AAAGGUUGUAGGCGCCCGCGAACCACCGACCGGAAGGAGGGCCGAUAAGGGAAGCCGGGCUGUCGGGCCGAGGAAGCGGCGCCCGGCUCUUCCCCCGCGAUGUUUUCUCUCUCUUUUUCUCUUCAUAAAACGGCUUGUUGUUCUCUUUCAGGGACUGAAUAGUCUAUUUGUUAUCAGAAGUCCGUACUCCAGAAGGCCAAGAUAAGACCACUACAUCAUCUAGACGCGCGUUUCCACACCUAUAGGCUGCUUUCUUGCGCGAAGGCUGACGGGAGUUACUGUUCGUCGUUUUAUAAACUACAACUCCCAAGCUACUUCGCGCGUUGAAGUCCGGCACGAGAGAUGGGCGACGAGGAGGGCACCCCGAAGCCGCGGGUGCUGCAGAUGGUACGAGUUGAUGGGGCAGAUAAAAGCUGUGUCACAUUUGUGCUCCACAAUGAGGACCACACCCUGGGCAACUCCCUCCGGUACAUAAUCAUGAAAGAUCCUGAAGUGGAGUUCUGUGGCUACAGCAUCACUCAUCCUUCUGAAAGCAAAAUCAACUUCCGGAUCCAGACCAAAGGAGGCCUCUCUGCUCUUGAGAUGUUCGAGAAGGGACUGGAGGAACUCACAGCAGUCUGCCAGCAUGUGCUUAGCAAAUUCGAGGCAAGCGUGGAGGCAUACAAGGCACAGAAGGAUGUGAACAUGGAGUAGCCCCUCUAGGGGUAGCGUGGCAUGCACCAUUGUAUAUAGUGACUGUUGCUGGGUUGUGAUCUGGGGGCAAGGCUUUAUUUUUUUUAUGGACUCGGGGUGAGUUUUCCUAAUAAAUACUAAAUUUCCUAA